GGAUGAAGUUGUCGAAUUUGUCUAAUUUAUCUCACGCGUAAUUAAAAGAAAAUUCUUUUCCAAUUGUGUCCUUGUGUGCCGUGAUGAUAAAAAGUGAAACCAAUUUACGUAAAAUGGAAUACUUAAGUGUUGUUAAUUAUUGUGUGCUUAUCAGCUGCACAUAGCUAAUGACGAUUUUAUGAAGAUAUUACAUAAACGUUAAUGUGAACUUGAGAAGAGUUUUGGUUCUUUUUUGGUAUCCUCCGCACAAGAUUUAAUAAGCUCGCGUGCAGCAAUUAACAUUAUAAUAUUAAACGAAUUGAUCGAAAACGAAAUGAUUUUGCAGACUCAUUACAUCUCAUCGACCCCUUGUGUUUUAUAUUCAAUGACAAUAUUGUAAAAAAAAGCUUUAAUUAAUCUAAAGAUAUACAUAAAACUUAAGAAAAUUCUGAACCAAAAAAUUUAUUGAAAUUCGUCGAUGUGAAAAUUGAGCCGGUGAACAAUACCCAACUCAUUUCAUAUUGACUCGACGCGUAAAAGUAAAAGGAAAUAGAAACUUGGGAUGCAUUCAUUAAGUUGGACCACCCGUGUUAUUUCACGAGCCUUGCGAAGUGGAUUUUCUACGUUGCUGGAGACAGCAAGCAAUGCAACAGCAAAUGUCAACAGUGCUUCGAAACAACGGCCGCACUUUGUGUCUGUAGUGUGUGGCUUUCCCAAAGACUUCCUCACCUCCAAAUAUAAACCUGGCAAGUACGGCGAGGAUUCAUGGUUCAAGACGUCAACUACUAAUGCUGAUGUUCUCGGUGUGGCUGAUGGCGUCGGUGGUUGGCGCAACUAUGGUAUCGAUCCCGGUGAAUUUAGUUCUUUUCUAAUGAAGACUUGUGAGCGUCUAGUCCAUUGUGUUAAUUUUAAUCCCCAACGACCUGUAAAUCUCUUAGCUUAUAGUUAUUGUGAAUUGCUAGAACAAAAGAAGCCCAUAUUAGGCAGCAGCACCGCGUGUGUACUCGUCUUGAAUCGUGAGAAUAGUACCGUUUACACCGCGAAUAUCGGUGAUAGCGGUUUUAUGGUGGUGCGCCAAGGUGAAAUCAUCCACAAAUCAGAGGAGCAGCAACAUUAUUUUAAUACACCAUUUCAAUUAUCCUUGCCCCCACCGGGACAUGGACACAAUGUGCUGAGCGACAGUCCUGAUUCCGCGGAUACGCUUAGUUUUUCGGUGAAGGAAGGCGAUGUCAUACUGGUGGCAACCGAUGGUGUCUUUGACAAUGUCCCAGAGCGUUUGUUGCUUGAUGUGCUCAAGGAGUGCGAAGGCGUCACCGAUCCCGUGAAACUGCAGAUGACCGCCAACUCGUUAGCGUUGAUGGCGCGCUCAUUAUCUUUCGACAGCGAAUUUAUGUCGCCUUUUGCAAUUAAUGCCCGACGAAAUAAUAUUAAUGCAACAGGUGGCAAACCUGACGAUAUAACUGUGGUACUCGCAACUGUAGCAAUGUGAAAUUAAGUUAAUUUUAGUUUUAAUUUGUUAAACGUGUAAACCUUCUCGUUUUUCGCGCCUCCUUAGCAGUGGCGCUGAGCAGCGGUGCUGCGUUUGUGCUGUGGUUUUACUGUCGACAGAUCUCGCAUUCACAUUUGGUGGAAUAGGCGAUCUGUAAGGCAGUCGCAUGUUUGGUCAGUGUUAGUGUCAGUGUCAGGAACUGUAUUGUGACACAUUUGCACGUAUGUGAUCCACUUCCUAUUACAAUAACAACAAAAAUGUACAUCUGCGAUGCUAAAUUACUAAUUAUUACUACUAAUUUUACCUCUACUCGUAUGGACUUAAUGCUAAGUUAUCUAUUUUUAGUUUAGUUCAUUUGUGAAUAUUCGUGUCGAUUUUUUUUAUUAGUUUUAUAAUUUCAUUAGUUCUUAUUUCGCUAUUAAGUGCAAACAGUUUUAACUAGAACUACAUUACAAUGUUAUUGUACAGCUUAGCUUUGAGAAAUCUGAAAUGAGCAAAAUCAAUUUUGUGCUAAUGUUUAUUUUACGUAAAUUAUGUCUAUUUGUUGUAUAGGUCUGCUACGUCAUUAGGCAUAUAGUUUGUAACCAAUAAUCAGAGGUGUGUUUUACGUCCAAAAACCACACCAUGAAUACCCACUGAACAAAUAAAUUAUACUUAAUUAAUCAUAAACAUAAAAUCGGUACAUUAUAAACGUUAUAUAAAGCAAGAAUUUACACUUCCAAAUAUUGAAAUGUAAAUCUCAACAAUAAACUUCAACUGCUCAUAUUGUUUUGUGUGCUGGGGAUUCAGUGAACGGACCAAAUAUUUUCAAAGUGUAUCAUCAUCAUCUUUAAUAUGGUUAUACAUAUAUAUUAUAGCAUUACAUACGAUAAUAUACAACAGUUGAACGAAAUAAUCGAAGUAUCUAAGAGCUAACGCUAAUAAAAUAAUGUGUAGUUGUAGGAUGUUGCUGAAGCGAAUGCAUAAUUGAAUAGAAAACAAAAUAUGAUGAUUACUAAAUUCGAAAUUGUAGUUAAAUAAAAACAAAUUUGGACUGAAAUUUAAAAAGAAAUAAAAUACAAAAUUCUUGAAAUACAAACAA